AUGCGUAUCUCCCGCCUCGUCACCCGCACCCUCCGCGACGACCCGCCCGAGGCCGAAACCGCCAGCCAUCGCCUGAUGCUGCGCGCCGGCCUCAUCCAGCAGGUCGCCGCCGGCAUUUACGCCUACCUCCCCCUGGCCUGGCGCUCCCUCCGCAAGGUCGAGCAGAUCGUCCGCGAGGAGAUGGACGCCGCCGGCAGCCAGGAACUGCGCAUGCCCGCCCUCCAGCCCAUGGAACUGUGGGAGCAGACCGGCCGCGCCGCCGCUUUCGGCGACAACAUGUUCUCCCUGGAGGACCGCCGUGGCCGUCCCCUGGCGCUGGCGCCCACCCACGAGGAGGUCGUCACCAACAUCGUCAAGGGAAACGUGCAGAGCUACCGCGAUCUGCCCGUUAUCCUCUAUCAGAUGCAGACCAAGUUCCGCGACGAGCCACGACCCCGCGCCGGCCUCGUCCGUGUCCGGGAGUUCACCAUGAAGGACGCCUACUCCUUCGACGCCGGCGACGCGGGCCUUGACGCAUCCUACCAGGCCAUGGCCCAGGCCUACCGCAACGUCUUCCGCCGUUGCAGCAUCCCCGUCGUCAUGGCCGAGGCCGACAGCGGCGCCAUCGGCGGCAAGGACUCCCACGAAUUCCUGCUCCCCACCGACACCGGCGAGGACACAGUCAUCACCUGCCCGUCCUGCGGCUACGCCGCCAACGCCGAAAAAGCCUCCGGUGUCUAUCCCGACCAACCCAUUCCCGAACCUCUGCCCCUCGAGGAAGUCAGCACCCCCGGCAUGAAGACCAUCGCCUCCCUGUGCGAGUUCCUCGGCGUCGACGAGGCGCAAACCCUCAAGGCGGUGUUCUACGCCGCCGAUGGCGAGGUCGUCUUCGUCACCAUCCGCGGUGACCUCGACGUCAACGAGAUCAAGCUCAAGAACGCCCUCCACUGUAACGAGCUCCGUCUCGCCGAGGACGAGGAGAUCGCCUCCGCCGGCCUGGUUGCCGGCUCCGCCUCCGCCAUCGGCAUCACCAACGUUCGCCGCGUCGCCGACCCCUCCAUUUCCAGCGGCGGCAACUUCGUGGUCGGCGCAAAUAAAAACGACACCCACUACCGCAACGCCAAUUACCCCCGCGACUUCGUCGCCGAUCUGGUCACCGACAUCGCCCUGACCAAACCCGGUCACCUCUGCGCGCAGUGCUCAACCCCACUGACAGCGACCCGCGGCGUCGAGGUAGGCCACAUCUUCAAGCUGGGCACCUUUUUCAGUGAGACGCUGGGCGCCUAUUUUCUCGAUUCCGAAGGCGAACAGCAGCCCAUCACCAUGGGUUGCUACGGUAUCGGCGUCAGCCGCAUCCUGGCCGCCGCCAUCGAGCAGAACCACGACGACCGCGGCAUCAUCUUCCCCGCCCCCAUCGCGCCCUACGAUGUCCACCUCGUCGCCCUGAACAUGGCCGACGAGGCGGUGGCGGAAGCCGCCGUCGAUCUGUACGACCGCCUUUGGGCCGCCGGCAUUGAGGUCCUCUUCGACGACCGCACCGACGCGGCCGCCGGCGUCAAGUUCAACGACGCCGACCUCAUCGGCCUCCCGGUGCGCCUGGUAGUCAGCCCGCGCAACCUCCGCCAGUCCGCCGUGGAGAUGCGCGGCCGCACCUCCGAAGAAGCGGAGAUGGUCGCCGUGGACGAUGUCGUGGAAGCUGUUCGCGGAACGCUGCAGCCAGCCUAA